AUGUUAUCCUUCCUAUCUUGUCAUAAACUUUUCAUCAUCUUCAUUGGCAUCUGUGUCACACGAUUAGAUUUUGGCUUGUGUUCGGGAGGUGUCGGCGAAUAUAUGGGUGAAGUUAAAUGUACCCUCCAAUAUAGAUUGGGACCACGAGGAAAAAAUCACUGCAUGGGUGAUGAUUCUAGGGCUUAUGAAUGUGACCAAUGCACCGAAAAACGUCCUAUGUUGGCUUGUCAUGCCGGUACAUAUGAGAGGACCGUACCAUGUCCAGAAUACGCCUGGGACACCAGUGAUUACACUUGCACUGUGCCCAGGCCAUCAGGAGGUCCCCCGGUCGGAUACCGAUGCGAUUAUCAACGCGGGACGAUACCUGGCCCGACAUGCACGAAAUGUUACAGGUAA